AAGCCUUGGCAGACGGAAAGCAAAGGAAGGAAGGAAGGAAGGAAGGAAAAGGCAGCUAUAUGUCUCUUUAGGCUAGAUCAGACACACAGAGCAGGAGAGUGUGGGCGUUCUUGGUGACCCCAAUUUGACCCCUCUUCCAUUCUCUCUGUCCCUGUCCCUUAUCUUUUACUCUAACUCCUACUAUUAUUACUACUUGCCAUUGCCAUUUGUAAUCAAUCACUCCACCAUUACGAAGCAACCACUACUAGCUAGCUAGGCUGUAUAUCCAGCUCCAUCACUCCCACCGACAAAAACCCAAUGAGGAAAGAAGGCCCACCACCCUCCUCCUCCACCUCCGUCGCCGGCGGACCACCUCCACUCGCAAAGCUCGUCAGCAGCUGCUUCGAGAAGAAGCCACUCUUCCUCACAUUGCUCGCCCUCACAUUCGUCAUGCUCGUCUGGAACCUCCCUCCUUACUACCAGAGCCUCCUCUCCUCCUCCUCCUGCUCCGCCGCCAUCGCUGCCGCCUCCGCCGCAUCCAACAUUACCAGCCUCCCCCUCACCGCAUCCCCAUUGCCGCUUAAGCAGCAGAAGCUCUCCUCCAGCGGUGGCUCCCCUAAGCCCGACCCCAACAAGCGGGUCUUCCAGUCUUAUGGUAACGCCGCCGCGCUCUUCGUCCAAAUGGGUGCCUACCGCGGCGGCCCAAACACGUUCGCCGUCGUGGGCCUCGCCUCCAAGCCCAUUCACGUCUACGGCCGCCCCUGGUUCAAAUGCGAAUGGAUCUCCACCAACGGCUCUUCCAUCCGAGCCUUGGCUUACAAAAUGCUUCCCGAUUGGGGCUACGGCCGCGUCUACACCGUCGUCGUCGUCAACUGCACAUUCCCUGUUAACCCCAACCAAGACAACUCCGGUGGGAAGCUCGCCGUGAACGCAUACUACGGCAACAGCCCAAGGAAGUUCGAGAAGUUCACCGCCUUGGAAGAAGCACCCGGCUCUUACAACGAGUCGAAAUUCCACCCUCCCUAUGAGUACGAGUACUUGUACUGCGGCUCUAGCCUUUACGGAAACCUCAGUGCAUCUAGGAUCAAGGAAUGGAUGGCCUACCACGCAUGGUUCUUCGGACCCAAGUCACAUUUUGUGUUCCACGACGCGGGCGGGGUGUCGCCGGAGGCCAGGGCGGUACUGGAGCCGUGGGUGAAAGCCGGGAGGGCGACGAUUCAGGACAUUAAAGACCAGGCGGAGUUUGAUGGGUACUACUAUAACCAGUUCUUGGUGGUGAAUGAUUGUUUGCAUAAGUAUAGAUACGCUGCCAACUGGACAUUUUACUUCGACGUGGAUGAGUAUAUCUACUUGCCAGACGGGAAUACUUUGGAAUCGGUUCUGAAUGAGUUUUCGGAUUAUACCCAGUUCACUAUUGAGCAGAAUCCAAUGUCCAGUGCGCUCUGUCUCAACGAUUCCACUCAGAACUAUUCCAGGCAAUGGGGGUUUGAGAAGCUGUUGUUCAGGGACUCGAGAACAGGACUCCGUCGGGAUAGGAAGUAUGCAAUUCAGGCAAAGCAGGCGUACGCAACCGGGGUGCACAUGUCCGAAAAUGUGGCUGGGAAGACGUUGCACAAGACGGAGGACAAGAUUCGUUAUUAUCACUACCACAAUUCCAUAACAGUACCGGGAGAGGUCUGCAGGGAGUUGGUGCCAAUGUCGGCCAAGAACAACGUCACAAUGUACAACAACCUCCCUUAUGUUGUGGACGACAACAUGAAGAAGCUGGCCAGCACUGUCAAAGAAUUCGAGCGCAAAACCAUUGGCGAUGUACAGAUGCCUCGGCCUGCCCACAUCAACAUUCCAAGGCACACAUAAAUCACAUGAUCGUAGAUAUAUACAACUUCUAGACAAUGUUAUUCUCACUCUCGAUUUGUCAUUCUUACUAUCUUGCGUGUACACGAAAGACAACAAAUGGUGAAUGGCGUGGGGUUCGCAAGCGUGCCUUUGUUGAUGAUUGUACAUGGCAUGGUCCAUGAAUCCACUUGGGUUGCCGACGCCAUCAAUUGAGUUCGUGGUCACGAAUUGGUGCUAAACAAGAGCAAGAGAAAGAAGAAGGUCCCAGAGUCCAGAUUUGAUUUCAUUUGAUUUGUCUGUCAAUAGAAUUAGAAGCCUAGGUAGUGAGAGUGAGGCGUCGGUCCAUCCAUUAUUCCAUUAAUCCGUUUCUAUUCGAUCUCUUGUUUCUUUCUUUUAUAAAACCAGAAUAUAUAUAAAUUGUCUAUUCAUAAUUAUUG